AUGUCUUAUCAAACGGCUGUUACUACCGAGGCUCAGGCCGGCACAAUUCCACUGCGACAUCCCGAUACCACUCCUGAUCGACCGCUGCCUCCUCCCCCGGUGCCCUCUUCCGAUCCUCAUUUGAUCGCCGACGACCCCUCCGCACCGAAAGCCUCUGCCGAUCAUGGCCUCUUCGAGAUGUCACCAGCAGAAGCACUCGCUCUGCUCAGCGCUGGCGUCGAGCUUCUUGUCCGGAUAACGGGCGAUGUACCGCCGACACCACCGCCAAAAUCUCCUACCGUGCCGCACAUGAGUGGCAUGCAAGCUGAGAAGGAGAAUAUCGUGCGGUCAUACUCGGAUAAGAAUCUGGCGAAAUUAAGGAAACAGGCCGAGCUUGAGGCUAAGAGAUUGGCUGCCAAAGAUAAGCCUGAGCCUGUGCAUGACAAUCAACCAGAGUCGGGGGAUAUUGAUGGUGUGCGGCUGAAGCCUCACCCAGGUCUCAUGUCGCCGCCACCUCAAUCAGAGCCUUAUGUUGUCGUGGGAGCCGAUUCUCAGCCUGUCAACUUGCAACACAGCGCUAUAACACGCAAAUUCUACAGCAAGAAUGAGCCUCCGAUCACUAUCAACCAGUAUCUUCAGCGACUACACCAAUUCUGUCCCAUGAGUACCGCAGUAUACCUCGCGACAUCACUAUAUAUACACCGAUUAGCCGUUGAGGAGCGAGCUAUUCCCGUCACCCGGCGCAACGCACACCGUUUAGUCCUGGCUGGUCUUAGAGUUGCCAUGAAAGCUCUUGAAGAUCUAUCUUAUCCCCAUGCCAAGAUGGCUAAGGUGGGUGGCGUCAGUGAAGCAGAACUGGCUAGGUUGGAGAUAAGCUUCUGUUUCCUGGUUGGAUUCGAACUAGUUGUUGGUGAGAGUCGACUACGGAAACACUACGAGCGAUUGAGAGAUCGCACUUCGCAUCACGGCUUCGAUAAUGCGGAUGUUCCUAUAUUAAACCUCAAGCCUCGGCCACGCGGCGGAGUUCAGCCAGCAGCAUAG